CGUGAGCUCGCACAGCUCUCGCUCUAAUGCUCAGCCUGCUCGCGAUCCAGCUGCCCGGGCUAUCGCCGCAGCCGCCCACCUCGCGUCGUGCGCUCCUGCGCCAGGCCGGCGCGCUGGGCGCGGGCGCGGCGGGGCUCGCCGCUGCGCCGCCUGCGUCGUUCGCCGGAUUGCUUCCGCCCAAGCAGGGGAUUGAGAAGACCAAGCCGGCGGAUGCGGAGUUGGACGACGAGCUGCUCGCCUCCAAGUCGGUCCGGGACGGCAUCGCCGCGCUCAAGCAGUACCGCAAGUCCGCCAUCUCUCUGCAGGACCAGUUUGCAAAGGACGGCAACAUGAACCUGAUCCCCGUCAUCCGGAAGGAGUUCGACUUCUCCAAGCUGCGCGACGACCUCAACGUGGUCACGACCGUCUUCGACGACCAGACCCAGCUCACCACCGACCAGCGCACCCGCAGCAUCAUCUACGACCUGACGGAGCUGGAGAACGCCGCCCGCCUCAAGAAGGGCGACCCGGAGCGCACGCCGAAGAAGAUUGCCAACGUCCAAAAGUGGUUUGUGAAGCUCGACAAAGACUUUGGCGACUUGUUCGAGUACUUUCCCGCCUCGGCGCUGAACUAUGUCCCCCCUCCGCCCCCGCCCCCGCCGCCCCCUGCGGCCGAGGAGUAGGAAUCGGCGCAUCCGACAACUAGCACUUAGCAGCGGUAAGCGCAGAGGCCGACAGGCAGCACACGCGCAGGGGAUGUAGAGAGGCUGGGGCCGAGGCUCUCACGGUACAUUUCAUUUUCAACGAGUUGCCAGUGCAUGCCC